AUUGUUCCUGUUCUCCUUCUUAAGUCACUUGAAACACUGUCCCUGCGAGUCCUUUAAGUUCCCUGCAGUCGCUACACAAGAGAAAGAGGGAGAGAGAGAGAGAGAGGGAAAGACAGAGACAGCAAGAGACCAGGUGAAGCGGUGGGGGCUGCUGCCUCCCAGCCCUCAGGAGCUGGGAAACUGCAGAGGAUGCAGAAGGCAAUGAAGAUGGUCAAGGAUGAGGACGGGCCCCUCAACGCUGCUGCGAAAAGCAUUCCCUCCUAUCCCCACUGUCUACAGCCGGAGGCUUCCCGAGAGAAGGCUCCCCAAAGACACCCCUUCCCGGAAGCCCUCCGGGGUCCCUUUUCCCAGUUUCGGUAUGAACCUUCUCCAGGAGACCUCGAUGGAUUCCCGGAGGUCUUCGAGGGAGGAGGGUCCCGGAAACGGAAGAGCAUGCCCACAAAGGUGCCUUACACUCACCCGGCAGAAGAAGCCUCGGUUGCUCAGGAGAGCAAGAGCCUGGGCCCUCCGAACCUUGCUCUGCUUUUCCCGCAGCCACAGCGCCCCAAGUGCGACUCCCAGAUGAUCGACCUGUGUAAUGUGGGCUUGCAGUUCUACCGCACCCUGGAGCACCUGGGGGGCAAACCCGUCAAGCAGGAGCCGGUGAAACCCAGCGCCAUGUGGCCCCAGCCCACACCUCCUGCCUUCCUGCCUGCGCCUUACCCCUACUACCCCAAAGUCCACCCGGGACUCAUGUUCCCCUUCUUCGUGCCCACGUCCUCACCCUUCCCCUUCAGCAGGCACACCUUCCUGCCCAAGCAGCCCCCUGAGCCAGUGUUACCCCGCAAAGUGGAGCCCCUGGAGAGCGAGGAGACUAAGCAGAAGGUGGAGAGGGUGGACGUGAAUGUCCAGAUCGAUGACAGCUACUAUGUGGAUGUAGGUGGGGCUCAGAAGCGCUGGCAGUGCCCCACCUGUGAAAAGUCCUACACCUCCAAGUACAACCUGGUGACCCACAUCCUGGGCCACAGCGGGAUCAAGCCGCACGCGUGCUCCCGAUGCGGGAAACUCUUCAAACAGCUCAGCCAUCUUCACACCCACAUGCUGACACACCAGGGUACACGGCCCCACAAAUGCCAGGUGUGCCACAAGGCCUUCACCCAGACCAGCCACCUGAAGCGCCACAUGAUGCAGCACAGCGAGGUGAAGCCGCACAACUGUCGCGUGUGCAGUCGGGGCUUUGCCUACCCGAGUGAGCUCAAGGCUCACGAGGCCAAACACGCCAGCGGGCGCGAGAACAUUUGUGUGGAGUGUGGCCUCGACUUCCCCACCCUGGCUCAGCUGAAGAGGCACCUCACUACGCAUCGGGGCCCCAUCCAGUACAACUGCUCGGAGUGCGACAAGACCUUUCAGUACCCAAGUCAGCUGCAGAAUCACAUGAUGAAGCAUAAGGACAUCCGUCCCUACAUCUGUUCCGAAUGCGGCAUGGAGUUUGUGCAACCCCAUCACCUCAAGCAACACUCACUCACCCACAAGGGUGUGAAGGAACACAAAUGCGGGAUCUGUGGGCGUGAGUUCACCCUGCUGGCCAACAUGAAGAGACACGUGCUGAUCCACACCAACAUUCGUGCCUACCAGUGUCACCUCUGCUACAAGAGCUUUGUGCAGAAGCAGACCCUCAAGGCUCACAUGAUCGUCCACUCAGACGUGAAACCUUUCAAAUGCAAGCUGUGUGGGAAGGAAUUCAACAGAAUGCACAACCUGAUGGGGCACCUGCACCUGCACUCGGACAGCAAGCCCUUCAAGUGUCUCUACUGUCCCAGUAAGUUCACGCUGAAGGGGAACCUGACCCGCCACAUGAAGGUCAAGCACGGAGUGAUGGAGCGAGGCCUUCACUCUCAAGGUCUGGGUAGGGGACGACUCGUCCUUGCGCAGUCCACUGGUGUGCUGAGGAAUCUGGAGCAGGAAGAGCCAUUUGACCUCUCCCAGAAGCGCAAUGCGAAGGGGCCAAUGUUCCAGUCUGAGGUGGACAGUACGCAGGACUGCCUCUGCCAGGAGGAGGAGGAGGAGGAAGAGGCUGGUGAAGAGGACAAUUGCUACGAAGUGGAGCCCUAUAGCCCCAGUCUGGCGCCGGAGAGCCAGCAGCUCUGCUCGCCUGAGGAUCUGUCCACCAAGCAGGAGCAGGCCCUGCAGGGCCCUGGAGAAGGGUGCAGAGAUCAGGAUGCUCCGGAAGAGCAGCAGGAGGACAGGAGCGAGGACCACGAGGGCAGUGACAUAGACUGCGAGGGCAAAGACAUCGACUGCGCCAUCAGAGACGAGCGCCUGGGCAACCGGCUGUUGCAAAGCGGCGGACAGGGCCCCUCGUUUUCUGAUUACUUAUACUUCAAGCACAGAGAUGAGGGUUUAAAAGAAUUGCUGGAGAGGAAAAUGGAAAAACAAGCAGUCCUUUUGGGUAUCUAAGUGAACGGCUUUAAAAUUACAUUUGGAAAAGGAGAUCUAGGCAGUUCAACUAUAGCUUUCCGCGCGAACUGUCAUUUGACGCAAACGAGAGAGUGGCACCAGUCUUUACAAAUGGCUCAGACUAAAUGCGUGGGUAAGCUGGCUUCUCAGGUCCUUCCUUGGGCACUCUGCAAUUUCAUACAUGUGCAGGGGCCCUUUAGUGUUAUUUUACACAUCACCCACAUGAUGAACUGUGCAUUCUUCUAGAUAUCUAACUGCAAGCUGAACCUCGAGGUGCUUUUAGACACUGCUUUCUCCUAACAUGCAGUGAUGCAAAAGUCUUUCUAGUUGCAAGGCUGUGGUGCUCCUGUUAUCUUAAUUAGUGACUAUUUAGUUGCAUUUAUGAACGUUACAGUAUCAUAGGUGAAAAUAUUAGUAGUUGUAUAUAUAAAAAUAUAGCUUCUAUUAAAUAAUAGAAACACA